UUAUUACGUACAUUACUUGUAAUUAUUUUUAUUAUCGUUAUCAUUAUUUUUAUUAUUAUAAUAUUAUAAUUUUCAUCAUUGCCGUUUUGUACAUUUCGUGGUUCUAGUAUUAGCAGAUUUUUUACGUUUUCACGCGUCUUAACAUUUUUUGUUUUUUUUUAUAAAUCAUUGUUUAAUUAAUAAUCGCUAGUUUAAUUUUUUCUUCAUAAUUAUUUUUAUUUCCGUGUCUUCAGCGUACAAAUUAUAACGGCUCCGGCUGCAGUAUCGACGAGAGUCGACCGGCGCCCGGCGGUGCAGGUGCCCGCCCUACCCUGACGAGAUGGGUUUCUGCGGCGGUGACGAGUCCGAUGACGCCGCGGCGUUCGCACCGUAGURACCGCGCGAAAUAACAGCGGCUUUUCCGUUUUUYGCCAUCGUUUCCGAUUUUGCACGAUACCUCAAACAGCAUCAUCGCCGAAACUCAAGACGCUUUAAUAAUCCGCCUAAUCAUCAAUAACCGUCAAAAUCGCAAUACACACGAUAAACGUAAAUCCGUCAUCGCGUCGGUCAUUCUCGUAUCCGCAUAAAAGCUCAAUCGCCGUCGUCCGCAUGUCCCGCAGAAAGCAGUCCAGACCGGUCAAGGUCCUCGAGGACGGGUCAGAGGAAGAGUGCACCAGCGGCGUCUCCCUCGGAGAACCAGACRCGCCCGUCGUAGUCAAUGGGCACCACGUAUCCACGUCCACGCGUCGUUUCGAUGACGGUGCGACAUCGAUGACUUCAGACGAUGAAUACGAUGAAGAGAACGGGCCGAUGCACGGCGAAAAGUUGCCUAGAAAGUUGUCAAAUACGUGCAGGCAAUGCGCCAUGGGAUUUCUGAGCUUUUCCGAGCUUUCGGAACACAACAAGACAUGUGUGCUCCGCACCGGCGUCGCGAACAACGCAGCCACUUCCGAAGAUUUCGAUCAUCGGAACGACCACGAUGACACGGACGAUAUCGAAGACGAUUGUGAAGCUGACGACGACGAGGACGUUGUGGACGACAUGGACGACAUGGACGAGAUGGACGACUAUCACCGUCACGGACACCAUUACAACGCGGCCGGUCUGCAGGCGAUGGCUGUUGUUGAUUUGAGGAGUGGCCGUCAUAAUAACAACAUCAUAAACAACAACAAUAAUAACAACAAUCACAAUAAGGCGCACGAAGAGCAGAGAAGACAGCGGCAGGACGCCGAAAACAACAACCGCCGUUACGGUGGUGGACUUCCAGACUCCGUCGUCGGCGCUGACGACAUCGUGGCCGGCGGUGGGAUAGCCGUCGACGAUGCGUCUGCGCUGGUGCCGGCCGGUUUCCCAUUCGCCGCUUAUCAAGCGGCCGUACAGGCGGUUGCCGCCGCAGCCGACGUGCCAGCACUCCAACAACAACAGCAACAACAGGCGGCAGCCGGCCACGUGACCCUCGAAGCGUUGCAACACACCAAAGUGGCGGUCGCGCAGUUCGCGGCCACCGCRAUGGCUUCAAAUAACGGUGCCGUCUGCAACCAAAACGUGCUCCAWGAAUUAGCCAUCGUCAAUUCGUCGUUGUACACGUUGCAACAUCAACAUAUGAUGCAGCUGAGCCUCAUUGAACAGCUCCGCCAACAGUUGCAGAUAAGCCGUCAAUGCGGUGGCGGUGGUGGAAGUAUCGACGGCGCCUUGUCCGUGUCGCCGCCACUACUCAGCGAUGGCAAUGACGACAUACCCAUGUCAUUGGCUAUAUCACGGAACAACAACGAAUUGAUGCAACAGAUUGUACAACAUCAGGCCGUCACAUCGCCACCGCUGCCCCCAGCACCACCUCAGCAGUUGCUGCCGGCAGUUACACCGCUUUCAAUCCCUGUACCAGUACCGAUUUCCAUGUCCACGCAUCAGACCACUGACGACUGUACCACACAGACACCAUUGCUCCAGCUCAGCCGAUCUCCGUCGCCGUCUACCUCACGCUCGCCGACGCCCCCGCCGGCAUCCAUCAUGGGAAUAAUGAUGCCUGAACUGCAACGCCCUGCUCCGUCGCCAUUGCAAGCUUUGCAAGCUUCCGUUAAAACCCCACCGCCGCCGCCGCCGCCGCAACAACCCAACGCCGUCCAGACCAUGGCGCUGGUUUCCACCGAGAGUGCGGCGCAGCCGCCACUUCCGGCCCCACACCAGUCGCAGCCACAACCAUCUACAUCGUCGUCGACUUCAUUUUCGCUGACGCCGUACACUUCUUCGCCGAUCGUCACGCAUCAUCAUUCCAUCCCGUCAUGUUCCGUUUCGUCCGCCUUCGCAUCGUCCAUCAUAACAAACUUAGACCCACCGCCGUCGCCCAGCGAACCCAACUCGCUGGAAAUGUUGCAGCGCCGUGCCCAAGAAGUGCUGGACAAGGCCAGCCAAGGCAUGUUGGCCAACAACCUCGCCGACGAGCUUUCRUUCCGGAAGUGCUCGGGCAGCGGUGGCAAAGGCAGCUCACUUUCGCCUUACGACGGUAAAUCCGCCGGCGGCAGUGGUGGAAGUCGAGGAGACAACUUUUACAAGCACAGGUGCCGUUAUUGUGGCAAAGUGUUCGGUAGCGACUCGGCCCUUCAGAUACACAUCAGAUCGCACACUGGCGAACGUCCAUUCAAGUGCAACGUUUGCGGCAGUCGGUUUACCACCAAGGGUAACCUCAAAGUCCAUUUCCAGAGACACACGUCGAAAUUUCCUAAUGUCAAAAUGAACCCGUUGCCAGUUCCCGAACACUUGGACAGAGACUUUCCGGCGUUGAUGCCCCCGCACUUGAACCAAAGUCCGCACCAACAGAACGGAUGCAACUCGCAAAUGCCGCCCAACUCCACUGGCGCUCUCACUCCACGUUCUCCGUUGUCUCAUCAGUUUUCCACGGUCUCGUCCGCCUCAUCUUUUCCGACGGCUCUUUCCAAUCUAUUCCGAUCUAGUGGUAGCCACCACAGCCAACAUCAACACCAUCAGUCGUCAGCGACAGACAUAGCUCUCCCGUCGAACAUACAAAUGCUGUCGCAGCAGCAACAGCAGCCCGCCGAACAGUUAUUAAUGACAAACCAUCAUCUCCAACAGCAACACAAUAUCAACCAGCACCAACACAAGCAACAACAUCAUCAUCACUUGCCGAAUAAUCACUCAUCACCGCUACCACUAUUUCAGUUCAAACGCGAACAAGAUCAGCCUGAGAACUUGAGCAAACCGGCCAACGCUGGAUGCUCUUCCCGCGAAUCGUCUAUUCAGUCUCCUUCGCAUCUCUCCGAUUCCAGUAUGACACGCAACAAUAAAGAAGAUCCUACAUCCUCCGAGUACAUCGACGAUAUGGCCGUGGACAUCGACUCAGCUGACGUCGAUGAACGUCAACAUGACAUCGAUGCCAACACUGACGAUUUUAGCGUCGACACAAAGUACAGUGGUGAAGAGGAACGGACCAACAGUCCUACUAUGAAUGAUGGAUUACAAGAUCAACCUGAAAACCUAUCCAUCAAAAGUGGCAGAGUAAUGAUGGCCAGUUCACCGCUUAUCACUUCGGACGAGUCCUUUUCUCCCAGGCCGACGUCGUCGUCUUCGCGACAUCACGGUUCCCAGGCCGGAUCUCCAGUAUCGAUGUCGUUCCACAACAGUAGAUACUCGCCCCCUCGCGCAUUGGACUUGACGCCCAAACAUUCGGCAUUGACCACCACUGCCAAUCACAUAAUGACUGCAUAUCUGCCACCUGCGUUCGCCGGGCUCAUGGCAGGAUCCACUACUUCCGCAGCCGGACUUCCGGGCCACGGAUCGUCAUUCGGACCAUCUGCUGCUCGAGGAAACACCACGUGCAACAUCUGUUUCAAAACGUUCGCGUGCCACUCUGCUCUCGAGAUCCAUUACAGGAGCCAUACCAAAGAGCGGCCGUUCAAAUGUUCCGUGUGUGACCGAGGAUUCUCGACAAAGGGUAAUAUGAAACAGCACAUGCUAACGCAUAAAACUCGAGACAUGUCGUCGACGGGCGCCGGUGGAGGCAGCUCGUCGAACAACAUGUUCGACGGCAACAAUUCGACUAGCUGUGGUCACGAUGACACAGCCAGCAACGCGAGCUCUGAGAGUCGUGACGCGGCCCAGCAUCACUUGCAUCACCAACAGCACCAUCAGCACCAGAUGCAUCAUCACCAACAGCAGAUAAUGCUUUUGAGUGUAGCCGCACAAAACGCUGCAGCAGCCGCAGCCGCCGCCGCCGCCGUGGCUGCAGUCACAGGAUCAGCUUCAUCCGGAACCACAACCAGUGGGGUCGGGCCUCGAUCUUUGCCACCGCCGCCACCACCACUGCCGCCUCCACCACCACCGUCAUCACAACAAGUCGUAUUGCAACAACCUCAAAAUGGUAUGAUGCCCGCGGUGACCAGUACUUUGACCGUGGUAUCGGCUAACGCAUCCACGUGCACCGGAUCUUCAACAACCAGUACCGCUGUUCAGUCAGCGGUCGACUUGUCCCCGCCACUGGCCCAACAACAAGCUGCGUCUGCACAGACCCCUCCGUCGCAACCACUCUCUGCUAAAUCCUCAAUCCAACCGGUGGUUACACUAUCCGUGCCCAACGUUGGCCACCAGCAUCUGUACAACGCUCCGGGCUCCGGAUCUAGAAAACCUCYGGCCACGACCGAGGGAGGUCUGUCGUCUUCUUCGUCGUCAUCGCCAAAACGCUCAUUGGCAGAUCCUGACGCUGGCCAGCCAUCGGCCAAGAGACAACCAAGUUCACCCAAACACUUGUGCCACGUGUGCAACAAGAACUUCUCUUCAUCCUCUGCACUACAAAUCCACAUGAGGACCCACACGGGUGAUAAGCCUUUUCGAUGCACAGUGUGUCUGAAAGCGUUCACGACCAAAGGCAAUCUUAAAGUGCACAUGGGAACGCACAUGUGGACAAAUGGAACUUCCAGACGAGGGCGGCGAAUGUCGCUAGAGCUUCCGCCGUUGCAAAUUGCCAACAGUGUCAAAGAAACAGAUUUCCUCCAACGGAGACCAGAAAUCUAUUACCAUCCGUUUCUGCCCGGUCCGUUUUUAAACGGAAUUCAUCAACAAAAGAUCAACGAAAUAUCGGUUAUCCAAAACGUUAACAGCAACGUUAACAAUCGUAUUCUUAGCGGAUUCGGCAACUUUGGCAGCGGUGGCACGUUUCCGGGUGAUAUGAUGAAACAGGAGCCGAGCAUCUCCGCCGACAAGCAGAACAAUGUCAUGUCGUCAUCGUCGUCGCCGCCAUCCCACCACAUUAGGACACCGCCGCUUUGGGACCUGCACUACGACCGACAGACGGCUGUCAACAUCAAGUCUGCUGACGACCAUCAGCUCAACAACUGCGCACCCCAAUCGCCGCAAUCGUCUCCGAUAGCGCACACAAAUCAUAUCUCCCAGAACCGCACCGAAGGUCUAGCGACAUAACAUUUACUCGAGUAUUUGCGUUUUAACCGAUGAUAAAACUCGAAUCGCAUUGUACAUAAUUAUUAUUGCCUACUAUUAUUAAUAUUAUCGACUAUCAUCA